AUUCACCGCCUUUUUUCUUCCUCUCUGUUUUUCUUUCUGCUCUGUUGUCAUUUCGCGUUAAACGUUUUUUGUUUUUGCAGUCUUGGCUUUUUUUAUUUUCACAAUGAACACCAAACAGGUCACUGAUUUAACGCCACCGUGCACGGUGGAGCAACGGAGGUAUGCUGGUGGUGAUGAUCAAGAUGAACUAGUGGAUUGUGAAAUGGAAGCAGCACAAGCUUUAGCUUGUUUGGCUAAUCCAGUUAGUAAAAAUGAUGAGUUUUUAGUUCCAGGUCCAUCUGGUUGUUCUGAGGAGCAAGCAAUAGCUAUGCAUGCUGAGGAGGAAUCUAAACUCAAAGCAAGUCCUCAACACGCUCUAAACUAUCCACCAGUUGCCAGCAGAAGAUCAAGGCAGAAUUUGACUGAGGAGGAGAAAGAAGAACGAAGGCUGUGUCGCGUGUUAGCAAAUAGAGAGUCUGCCAGGCAGACAAUUCGCCGUAGACAGGCCAUGUAUGAAGAAUUGACAAGAAAAGCAGAUGAUCUUGCAUCAGAGAAUGAAUAUUUGAAGAAGCAAAAGGAGCUGGCAGCUAAGGAGUAUGAUUCUUUGAUGAACCUAAAUACUAGCUUAAGAAUACAGAUAGCCAAAAUAGAGAAGGCCAAAGUAGAGGAAACAGAUGGUGGUUCUAAGUCAAAACCUGUAGAAAUCUCCACUACAAAUACAGCUUCAACUCCAACUCCGACCCCCCUUUUUAACCAAUCUCCAAUUACACCUUUCUUCUGGCCGUCCAUUGUUCAACCUUUCAGUGGUUUCUUCUUACAGUGUGGUUCUCAAAAAUUUUCUGAUAUUACAUCAGUGCCACCUUCACCAACAUCUGUAGACUUAAAUUCUAUUAACAGACAAGAGAGUUCCAAUCCUGGAAAUCCACUAUAUGUACUUCCCUUCCCUUGCUUGAUCCCGUUUCAUCCUCUAAGUAAUCCGUUUCUUCCUUGGUCCUCUACCCUUGCUGAAAACCAUCCCGAGACUUCCUCCGUCCAUCAAUGUAGUACUUCAUAUCCAAACAUGGAGAACAAUCAAGCAGCAACAGAAAGAGACUACGAAGCGGCGCUUGGUUUUCCACCGGAUGCAGGUGCAUCCGAGGGAAGCCGACAGUCUUCUGGGGUCCACUCCAGAAAAUUGGGCCUGAUGACUGGUGAUACUCCUCAACAAGACAACACCCUCGAUAUCAACGCUAUUUCAGGAAAGACAUCUCAAGAAUCCUUCCCCUGCUCUAGUGAAAAGUUGGCAGAUGCCAUUGCAGCAACAGAUGCUCGGAAAAGAAGGAAAGAGCUACUGAAAUUGAAAGGCCAGCACUCCGAUCAAUUUGGCUCGCACCACUGA